CUAGCUUUUCACUCCGCUACCGUUUUGUGAGUUGGGGGGAUGGGGACGUGCUGAGAAUGAGCGACUCCAAGUAUUUACCAAAUAUAAGUAUUUCUCAACUCGGAUUCCCGACUUUUGUACAGAUAACUACUUUUGGACCACGUAUGAUUUUCGAUUUGAAUUUGCAAACAUAAAGUGGAGUAUUUUUACGGCCACGACACUGGUUUAAAAGUCGACAAAAUGUAUUCCACUGCUGGAGCUACUGAGAUGUUUGAGGGAACCCGUUCCUCGGGGUCAGCAAGCUCUGACCCACCAUCUUCCCCCGUGCCAGAAUAUGUGUUCAAGCCCCCCUUGAGGCCAGACUUUGGUACAGUGGGCAGGACAAUCAAGCUGCAGGCCAAUUUCUUUGAGAUGGAAAUCCCCAAACUGGAAGUUUACCAUUAUGACAUUGACAUCAAGCCAGAGAAAUGUCCCAGGAGGGUCAACCGUGAAAUUGUAGAGCACAUGGUCCAGCACUUUAAAACACAGAUCUUUGGAGAUCGAAAGCCGGUGUAUGAUGGCAGAAAGAACCUGUACACUGCCAUGCCUUUGCCCAUUGGCAGAGACAGAGUUGAGCUUGAAGUGACCAUUCCUGGCGAGGGCAAGGACCGCAGCUUCAAAGUAUCCAUCAAGUGGGUGUCAUGUGUUAGCCUGCAAGCUCUGCAUGAGGCACUGUCAGGGCGGCUACCCGUUGUCCCCUUUGAGACCAUCCAAGCGCUGGAUGUGGUCAUGAGACAUUUGCCCUCUAUGAGGUAUACUCCAGUGGGCCGCUCUUUCUUCACCCCUUCAGAGGGAUGUUCGAACCCCCUGGGAGGCGGCAGAGAAGUGUGGUUUGGCUUCCACCAGUCCGUCAGGCCUUCUCUUUGGAAAAUGAUGCUCAACAUUGAUGUUUCUGCUACCGCUUUCUACAAAGCCCAGCCUGUCAUCGAGUUCAUGUGCGAGGUCUUGGAUUUCAAAAGCAUUGAAGAACAACAGAAGCCCUUAACAGACUCUCAAAGAGUUAAAUUUACCAAAGAAAUCAAAGGCCUGAAGGUGGAGAUCACACACUGUGGACAAAUGAAGAGGAAAUACAGAGUUUGCAAUGUGACCAGAAGACCAGCCAGCCAUCAAACGUUCCCCUUACAGCAGGAGAACGGCCAAACUAUCGAAUGCACAGUGGCGCAGUACUUCAAAGAUAAGUACAAGCUCAUGCUGCGAUACCCUCACCUCCCAUGUCUACAAGUGGGACAGGAGCAGAAGCAUACCUACCUGCCUUUAGAGGUGUGUAACAUAGUGGCUGGACAACGCUGCAUCAAAAAGCUGACAGACAAUCAGACCUCCACUAUGAUCCGUGCCACUGCCAGAUCUGCCCCAGACCGUCAGGAUGAGAUUAGUAAAUUGAUGAGAAGCGCCAACUUCAACACUGAUCCUUAUGUCCGUGAAUUCGGAGUGAUGGUGAGAGAUGAGAUGACGGAAGUGAACGGCCGUGUUCUCCAAGCACCAUCCAUUCUGUACGGAGGCAGGAACAAGGCAAUAGCCACGCCAAUCCAGGGAGUGUGGGACAUGAGGAACAAGCAGUUCCACACCGGCAUUGAGAUCAAAGUGUGGGCCAUCGCUUGCUUCGCGCCACAGAGACAGUGCACUGAACUUUUGCUCAAAGCAUUCACAGAUCAGCUCAGGAAGAUCUCCCGGGAUGCAGGCAUGCCCAUACAAGGCCAGCCUUGCUUCUGUAAGUAUGCCCAGGGUGCAGACAGCGUGGAGCCCAUGUUCAGACACCUCAAGUACACAUACCAGGGCCUCCAGCUGGUUGUCGUCAUCCUACCAGGAAAGACGCCCGUCUACGCUGAGGUGAAGCGUGUUGGAGAUACAGUCCUUGGCAUGGCCACACAGUGCGUGCAGGUGAAGAAUGUCCAAAAGACGACGCCACAGACACUUUCCAACCUCUGUCUGAAGAUCAACGUCAAGCUGGGCGGCGUCAACAACAUCCUGCUCCCUCAGGGCCGGCCUUUGGUGUUUCAACAGCCUGUCAUCUUUCUUGGUGCUGAUGUAACUCAUCCUCCUGCAGGAGAUGGAAAGAAGCCGUCUAUUGCGGCUGUUGUUGGUAGUAUGGACGCCCAUCCUAGCCGAUACUGUGCCACAGUUCGGGUACAGCAACACCGCCAGGAGAUUAUCCAGGACCUGGCCACCAUGGUGCGAGAGCUGCUCAUUCAGUUCUACAAGUCCACACGCUUCAAGCCCACGCGAAUCAUCUACUACCGUGAUGGCAUCUCUGAGGGCCAGUUCAAUCAGGUUCUUCAACAUGAGCUACUGGCAAUUCGAGAGGCCUGCAUCAAGCUAGAGAAGGACUACCAACCUGGUAUUACAUUCAUAGUGGUCCAGAAGAGACACCAUACCAGACUGUUCUGUACGGACAGGAACGAGAGGGUUGGAAAGAGUGGAAACAUCCCUGCAGGCACCACCGUGGACACCAAAAUCACUCACCCAUCCGAAUUCGAUUUCUACCUUUGCAGUCAUGCUGGCAUACAGGGUACCAGCCGGCCGUCCCACUACCACGUGCUCUGGGACGACAAUCACUUCUCCGCCGACGAGCUGCAGGUCCUCACCUACCAGCUGUGCCACACGUACGUACGCUGCACACGCUCGGUUUCCAUCCCGGCGCCCGCCUACUAUGCCCAUUUGGUGGCUUUCCGUGCACGCUAUCACUUGGUGGACAAAGAACACGACAGCGCCGAGGGCAGUCACACAUCCGGCCAGAGCAACGGGCGCGACCACCAGGCCUUGGCCAAAGCCGUUCAGAUCCACCAGGACACCCUGCGCACAAUGUACUUCGCCUAAGACUGCACGGCACCAGGUUGGCUCGGGCGAGACCCCACUGACAACACACACUACCCCUCGCUGUGUGUUGCUUUUACAGCGUGAUCUCUCUACCUAACACAACUGGCAGGUACCCUCAGCCCAUCCAAGCCAAACUGGCUGUCACAACUUGCAAAAGAAGUCCUCUUUCUUGGGGUUGGAGCUAUGUCCUUGCUAUAUAUUUGUAUAUCUUGUGGGGAAUUAUGUUGCAAAGUAUGAAAGGAGUAUUGUUAUUCAAUGUAGUGCUUUAUGAAUUAGGAGAAGCACCUCACCUCCCUAUUUUUUUAAUCAUGUCAAAAGCGUUUCAUUAGUUUGACACGUUGUUGUUGUUAUUAUUAUUAUUAUUAUAUUAUUAUUGAACAGCCAAUCACAGCAAAGCGCACUGACAAGAAUGGGUACUUCAAUCAGGACUUAAGUACUUAAGACUUUCACAUAGGGGCACUAUGUGAUGAAAGUGCCAUUGAGUGAUCACCUUCCUCUUACGUUUGUUUAAUUCUUUUUCAGUAUUUGUCCCCAGUGACCAUUCUAUGCCAAAUCUGGGACAACUUAUGGAAUCCUGAUAACCAACACUUAGAAUUUCAGAGGAGGGCUUUUAAUGAUGUCAUAGAACAGAUGUUUUAAGUUUUGACUCUGAUUCAACUUCAUUCCCGUGUUGAAAUAACGUAUUGGGACUGGUUCCCAGCAAACAUACCUUUUUUUUAAAUACUCUGAGCCUUGUUAAGAUGCACGAUUUACAAAUCAAAGAGGGGAACAUACAACUGUCCCCAUGUCUUUCUAUAGAUUGUUUUUAAUUGGAGUCAUUUUUUCUAAUGAAUUUGCAUGUAGCCAACUACUGUUUUCAGAAAUGUUUUUUUCCCCUUCAUAAACAACCCUCUCUAUUUUUGAUGCAUAGUGGAUUCAGCAGUGUCUUUUGAGUCGGGUGUUGGUGUGUUGUUUCCAUAGCGACACACUUGGUACAGUGGCCUGAAAGCUGCAAUACUUUAAAGAGAUCAAAAUUCCUUUACAAAAGAAACAUUCUCUCCAAAAGCACGAGUAUGUUUUUUAUGCAAAUGACUUUCUCAAAGUCUUUUUAUGAUGAGGUAUAUUUUGAAUAAAUCUUCAGUGGAGACUGCCGAAAGUAAUGUUUUAAAAAAAACAAAUGGCCCAAAUGUUAUCUAAAUGAACACUAUUUGUGUAUAGAGUCCAAUGCAAAACAUUCUCUUGCCUUUCAAAGACUGUUAACAGUCUCAAGUCAGUCUUGGACUUUUUCUAUCGUCCACUUUUAACAAGUCUAAGCUAGCAAAUGUUCCUAGUAGUAGUGGAUGGGGGUGGAUGUAGUCUAUAUGUUCUAACUAUGCAUUGUUUUUAACAAAGAGAUUUUAGCAGGGGGAUGUUUCACUCACCCGAAGCUGGUGUGUUUAUAACUGUAGAUAGGGCGCUUUUUAGUUGGUUGUUAAUCAAGUUGCAUUUAGUCGCUUUUUGUGUGGUCCUUUUGUAACUGUGUACAUUUUCUAGCCGGACAAUUGGGGGCCUGCUCUCAGCCAAAUCGGAUUAUAAAACCUUAACAUGAUAAGCAUAUUCAAAAAAAAAAAGACAGGAAAGCACAAAAAGGACCCUGAGCGAGACGUUUUCACUGUAAAGCACCUCACUAGCUUUUUUUUGGUCAAUAUCAAUAAAAAGAGACUUAUUCUCCCCCUCUUACCUGUAAAACAACUAGAAAUCCGACUGACUGUGUUUGUGGGGCAUUCUGAACACCAUGUACUUGAUAUUUACUGUUAUGAUGUCAAUAUUGUUAUUAUUGGUGCUGGUCUCAAAGCAUGUACAUUUGGAUGCACUUUUGAUAGCAUAGCAUUGGUAUGAGCUCCAAUAGGCGUGUGUGUGUGUGUGUAUGUCAAUACGUUUUGAAAUGGGAGUUUUGGCCAUAUUGUGACACUGGUGUAAUUGUACGGAAAUGGCCUUGUGUUCUACCUCUUGUUACCUGUUAAAAGUGGAAUGGUAACAUCACACUGCUGGCCAUUUCUGCAUAAUUGCCCUUGCUAUCGAUCUAAAUGGCAUUUGUUUUUGGAGUCUUGCAAUGACAGAUGAUUGGUAUGCGUGGUGGUGAACACGCGUAGUGUUUUCAUGUAAACUAAUAACGCGGCGAGGCGAGGGAAUGUGUGUUUUAUUUUCUCCAUGGGGGGUUCAGAGCGUUGAGCUGCACGACCAAAUUCUUGAAGCAUGUGUGGUUGAUAUUCGCACACCAUUUUCCCUUAGUUCUUUUCUAUCAAUUAACUCUAUGCACCAAAAGUCUCUUGACACCUUGAUUUUGUUUCCGCCGAUCCGAGUCGUUACAACAAGCGAUCAUUCCGUACUUAAACUAAAACCUAGAGUGCUACAUACGCAAAGAUGAUUGUGAGGUAUGUAGUGUUGGUUCUGGCCUUUUGACGCGACUGUUCUUGUCUCUUAAGGACUGCAAGCCCUUCCCAGUCCAGUUACAAGUAGCCGUUUUGGAAAAAGACCCUACCUGGGGAAGUAUAGCGUUGGACGAAAGUGUCAUUCUUUGUUUCAAAUCUUUUGUUGCGUCUCGGUGUUUGACUUGACCUACUACUAUACCAGCACCUUAGAAUGCCAGAACGUAAUUGCUUGUACCUUGAACUAUAUAACUCCAACUUUUGACAAUGUUCGUUUUGCACUAAAACAACAAUGGACUUUGUAGCUUUUUUUUUUUUUUUUUUGCAGCAUUUAGGUGAUGAAUGAUACCUUUUUUGUACUUAUAAAGAAAGCAGUAGAUGCCGUGGGUCGCCACCGCCAAACUGGCCUUGAUAGCCUUAGCCCAUGCUAAUCGUAACAGUGCUGACAGUUACCAUCUGCAUCCAGCAUUCUUUUUUUUCCCCCCCAGAAAUAUCCUGAUGCCUUUUUUUUUAAAAUGUUAUAGCUUGAGAGAUGGAGGCGUUUACCCAAACUGUCACUCGGUCCCCAUUCAGGACUGCAAUAAAGCUAGUUUUCCACCAAGCGGUGCAGCUCAGUUCCGUUUCAGCACUGAAUGGUUUUAAUUGGCCUGUGCUUCUACCUCUAAUCAAACAAUAAAUACAUGUUAAGUAGUAUACCUGUAAACGACAUACAACUAGGUAUUGUAACACGGAAGAAUGAAUUUACUGUCCAGUAUAGUCUUCAUGCUGUGAAGUGCACUACUUGGCUCCAGCCAGCAGAGGCGCCGUUGAGGCCAUCCACGGUGGAAAACUGAGCUGCAUCCAAUAUACGUACAUAUCAAUAUAUACCAAGGAGGAAUUUAACCUCUAACCCGCUAUUAAUGCUAGCCGCGUGGAUGAAUGUGGCACCAAACGUACCUAUUUUUUUUUACCUGCAUUUCACAUAUACUUAAUUUAAAUAAAAUGCACACAUUCACCUUACUUAGUCUUGCUGCUUUUGGUGUAUCUUGGUGCGGCCAAGACGUACUAAAUGGCUGACAUAAGCUAACUGAAAUGUCAUUUCAUGAUGCAGGUCUUUCACAUGCACAGGAACAUUGUGUUAAGCAUUCCAGCAUACAAGCAGGCACAUUUCAGUAUGCCCAUUAAGUCAAAAACCAUGACCCCUUUCCCUUCAUUGCUCCUGAUAACAAUGAAUGUACUUAGUCCCUGUGUGCUUUGUAAUGUUAUGUCUAUCUUUUUACAUUUCUGGCCUCUUUUUUUGUAUUAUUUGGGGGUUUGCAAGAUAUAAUUCAUUGCCAAAACCCACCCAAUGUCCCAAAUGGGUUUUAGCUUCUGGGAGAGAAUUGUCUGACUUUUGCGUGUUUAAGGGGGUUUAACAUACACUACAAGCAGUGUGCGUAUUUAUAGUGGUAGCCCGGUUUUCUUUAUUACUUAAACCAAAGUUAUUUAAAAAAAAAUAUGUUAAUCUAAUGAUUCUGUUCCAUGCACCCAAAAGUAUGAACAAAAAUGCAUUUUAUAGAGAAUAAUUAUACACAAACAGAUUAGAAUGUCUAGCCCUUCUCACUUCCGCCUUCCUUACCUCACCCCCUACACGUCCAAGGCCAAAGGUCACGCACGUACAAAACAAUAAAGUUUACAUUUACGACUUUAUUUGAACAUUCGUAACAGAGAUUUUUUUUCUCGGAAAUUUACACGUUUUUUUUUCUUGAAAUUUAUGACUUUAUUCUCUUAAAUUUGUGAUGAUUUUCUUUUCAAUAUGGCCCUAAAACUGAGUCGUAAAAAAAAAAAAUUGAGAAACACAAUAUUACGAGAAUAAAGUCCUACAUUUAUGAGAAAAAAUAGGCAUAGCCUAAAUGUACCAAAUUUACUAAAGCAAUAUUACCCCCUUUUUUCAUAGCUGUCUCAGGCAAUGCCUGUUAAGAUUUUUUUUUUUUACAACUUCAUUUUCAUGAAUUUUCAACUUUUCUUGAAAUCUCAAGAUUUUUUUUUCUGGCCCUAAUACUCAGUCAUAUUUUCCUAAGCCAAAUCGGAUUUGUCGUCGAGUACAAAUUCAAGAUUUUGCCACUCUUUUGUGUCCACAUCUGUGUGUGUGUGUGUGUGUGUGUGUGUGUGUGUGUGUGUGUGUGUGUGUGUGUGUGUGUGUGUGUGUGUGUGUGUCACGAGAGGUGUAGAU